UCCUAGAUCUGCAUAUGUAUGUUCAAUUUGGCAGAAAAAAACUGAUAGAGAACUUUCAAACCCCACAACACCCCCAGCCUUUUUCUUCAUCAUCACUCAAAGUCUCAAAACUCAAACUCAACCAUAGCCUCUACAUUUCAGUCCAAACUGAAAGUCUUAUGAUAAUUUGCCAAACUUCUUUACUCACUUGUAGUAGUACUCCUCCAUCUGAAAGUUCCAUCUUAUCUUAUCAUAUCACCUCAAAUAUUUUUUCCUGUCUUUCUCUGUCGGUUUCAUCAUGAGUCCAGAAAGAAACCCCCUUGACCUCAACAACUUACCUGAAGACUUUUCUAGAGAUGGUAAACAAGCCCUUGAAGGUAGCUCUUCGUUUUCUGGAGGGUAUAGGAAAAAGAAAAGCGGCGCUAAAGAAGGAAAAGAAGAGUGUGGGAAGGUCUAUGAGUGUAGGUUUUGUUCCCUCAAGUUCUGCAAAUCUCAAGCUCUUGGGGGACAUAUGAACCGCCACAGACAAGAGAGAGAGACAGAAACACUGAACCGGGCUCGUCAGCUCGUCUUCAAUAACGAUAACCUAAUUCCUCCUCAUCACCUAGGUUGUCAGCCAAUUCCUCAUGCAGGAGGAGGUUAUCAUCAAGGAGGAAACAUUGGUGAUCCAACACUAUCAUAUAGACCACCACCACCACCACCACUUUAUCCAACAACAAGGUUAUUUUCAGGCAACUCCACCACCACCCUCUUGCCACCACCACCUCAACCGCCAUACAUGUACGCAUCUCCUCCGCGUAUGGUUUCACUCUCUUCUCAUCAACAUCCCUCCCAAACAAACGACUACUUCCUUGGCCACGUCCUAUCAGGAUCCAACACACACCCGAGCAGUACUACUCCUAACAACUUCAUGGGUUCAUCAGCUCUACCGCCAGAUCAUAAUAAUAACAACAACAACAAUAACAAUUACACUUGCAUUGGUGCACCGGUAGGGCAUGGACUUGGACUUGGCAAUAAUGGAAGUAGCUCAGCUGGGAAGCGACAUUUGGAUCGGUUUCAAGAUAGAUUUUAGCAGUUUUUUCCAUUUUAUUUUGCUUUUUUUCGUUGUGCUAUGUUUGACUUUAUCUUCUUCCAAGUGAGAGACUAAGAGGGUGCUAUAAUUCUUAUGUAGGAUUAAAGUUUUGUACACUGGGAGCGUAGAGAGAGUUUACACUAUCAGUGUGAUUUACUUAUUUAUAGCAGGUUAUCACUCUA